AUGGAUGUUAGUUUUCCUUCUGCAUCACUUAUUGUUAGUAAUACAAUGCCAAUAAAUCAACAAGGUGUAGCAGCAAGUAUGGUUAAUACAGUUAUUAAUUGGUCAAUAUCUCUUGGUUUGGGUAUUGCAGGAACAGUUGAAAGUCAAUUAUUAAAACAGGGAAAAACUGUAUUAGAAGGUUAUCGAGGUGGAUUAUAUGUUGGAAUUGGACUCAGUGGUGCAGGUGUUAUUGUAGCACUUUUAUUCUGUCGUGUAUCAUCACUACCAUCUACGUCCACUAAACAAAAAGAACGAUCAGACUUUGGCGUUGUAUCAGUAACAGCAGCAUCAGACACAAUUAUCAAUACAAAUAUGAUACAAAGUGAAGGACUGGAAGGAAAAUUUCCGAUAAUAUGCCGUUUUUAA